AUGACAGGGCAUCACUGGGGAUACGGAGAGCAGGAUGGUCCAGAUGCAUGGCACAAAGACUACCCCAUCGCCCAGGGCAAUCGCCAGUCUCCCAUAGACAUAGUUCCCGAGGACACUGUAUACGAUGCCAGCCUGCCUCCCAUAUUCGUCUCCUACGACCACUGCAACUCAAUCAACAUCUGCAACAACGGCCACUCUGUGACUGUAGAGUUUGAUGACACCGACGACAAAACAGAAUCAGGGCAGGCCCCCCUUGACAACGCCUACCGGCUGAAACAGUUCCACUUCCACUGGGGCGGGAAGGGCAGCCAUGGCUCAGAGCACACCGUCGGAGGGAAGACCUACGCUUCAGAGCUUCAUCUGGUGCACUGGAACGCAGACAAGUACAAGACAUUUGGGGAGGCAUCGGCAGCCCCCGAUGGCCUGGCUGUCCUUGGCAUCUUUUUAGAGCUUAUUGAUGUCGACACUGAAAACAUUAGGAACACCGGCUCUUUCCAUGAGACUGACCAGAUCGGAGAUGAACACAGAGGUUUACACAAGAUAACAGAUGCUUUAUACAUGGUGAAGUUUAAGGGAAGCGUUGCUGAUUUCAAAGGUUUCAAUCCAAAGUGCCUCCUACCUAACAGCCUCCACUUCUGGACAUACCCGGGUUCCCUGACCACUCCCCCUCUUUACGAGAGUGUCACCUGGGUCGUUCUGAAGGAGCCAAUCAUAGUCUCAGAGAAACAGAUGGGAAAGUUCAGGAUGCUGCUCUUCAACGGAGAGGAGGAAGAGGGCAGGAAACGCAUGGAGAACAACUUCCGACCCCCUCAACCCCUGAAAGGCCGGAAGGUGCUAGCAUCCUUUGACUAACUUGACUGCAAAUAACCUCCUGGUGGCAUAGCCUAACAUAUGGUCUAUUAUAUGUCAGAGUGAAUGUCUGAAUAGACUUUCUUCUCAACCUUGAAUAGUUUUACUACUGAUGAUGAAUAUAGAACAAGGGUUAUGAAACAUCACAUCUCCCUCUACAGGUCAAUUACUUUCAACCGCACUUUAAUUGAAUGUCCAAUGCAGAUAUCGACGUUUGAAACAGUCAUAAUGACUACUAUGUGCCCUCUGUGCAGUUCUCUAUUUUUAAUGAUAGUGAUUUUAAAGUAGUGAUCUGUAACAUUUUUCUGAAGUGAAAGAUAUUGCUCACAUAGCCAUCCAGAUGUUGCCUUGACAGAAAACAGUGUAAUGUAUGUAACUCUGUAGGGAUUUUAUUUAUUUUUUAAAAUCUGAUUGUACCUUUUUCAAACAAAAGUCAACGUGGCCUCAUGGGUGUAGUGAAAAGCGUUGAAGUCAAUGAACAGUCCCCCUCCACCCCAAACGCACGCGCACAAACGUACACACACCAUUUUCUGUCCACCCAGUGGAUUGCUGUUGUUUAGGCUGCUAUUGUUUCUAUGCAAGGUGCUAUAUCUUCUUCCCAAGGGUUUAGCCACACCGUAUCUAACAAUGGAAGAUGAUGCCAGUGAUCUGUAACAUGUUGUCUGAAUCCUGACAGCCUCUUGGUGGUAAUCUAUGUUGAUUCAUAUUUAGAUGGGCUGGAUCCACAUCGUCCUACAGUAGUUGCCGUAGAUCCUUUAACCCAACACUCACAACUGGAGGUGGAAUUGGAUUUAAAUUGCUCAACUGUAAAUGAAGGGUUUACUCUGUACUUUCCCUGUGCCCUGACAGCCCAGUGAUUGAUGGAAUGGCACUAGGGCACUCUCUCAGCUGUACAUCAGCUUUAAAGUUGCCAAGCAUGCGCUGAAUAGAGUAUUGAGUUCAUGUUGGGUCAAAACAGUUCCACUUUCGAGAAAUGAAGGAGAGGGCGUACACACACAGUACGUUCUGUAUGGAAAUGAGACACUUCUGUAAUGGGUAUAUGUCCAUGUCUUUGUGUGCUGCUCAUUUCUCCUGUGCCAAAGAACAGCCUCCUCCCUACAGUCGGUUCCUACACUAAUGUAUGGUACGUUGUUGCAGGUAGGGUGACGCUCCAGUUCUUUUACGAUAAUGGAAGGUCUCAGUAAGUGAAGGUCCUAAUGAUUAAUAGAUCCCCACUGUAGCGACAGUUGUAAGAGACAUUGCUCCUCGGUACACUAUGUAAUUCCUAAUGAAAGUCUGCCAGGCCUCUGUGUGUUUGAGUAGUUUUACAUAAUGCUGUUCCAUAGAUAGAGGUGGGCAUUUACCCAUAUGGACAAACUGGUAGGGGGACACUCCUCUGCUUAGUCUCACCUAUGGGAAUUAAGGCUUGGAACUGGCACUUGAACUAUCUGUUUCAAACAAUUGAUAUUAUACAAUAUCAGGAACAUAUUAAAUAUUUACUACGUGAAUAAUUUUGCAUGAACUGGUGACAAUUUAAUUGACUUGUUUGUUUUGUCAAUUGUAGUUCUUCAAUAAUAUUAGUUUGAUUCAGUACUGUUGUUUCAGAAACAAAAGAUGAGAUUAAAGGAAAUCUAUCAAACGUUUUGUUGCCAUUAAAAGGCUUCUGUGGAGUAUAAAGAUGACCUUUUUAAAAGUAUGUUUAUGACUAGGUCAAGUGUGGGUCCCAGAAUUAGUUCUCACAAUGGUGACUGCUGCAGUCUCUAAACAUGAGUCACUGCUGCCACUGUGUAGUCUAACAGAGAGCUGAGAAGUAAGCGUUUGGAAACUGUUCCUAAUGAGCCCCAUGCAAGUACAAAAUGCAUUACAGUGGAUUACUUUUAAACCCAACAUGUAUAGUUUUUGCUGUCCUUUCCUGACUCAUCAGAAACAUUUCAAUCAGUCCCCUGAAAUCAGUAAACACAACAGUUUACAUGGUCAAUGAUUUUUCUUGACAGCUAUUGAUGUGAGGAAUUUCACUAUGCAUUGAACCUUGAUCCUGGUACAAAUGUACACUACCCUUCAAAUUUUGGGGU